AUGACGGCGACCUGCGCCUGCCGGCAAGCUCCCGUGGAUGUGCAAGAUGGUGACUGCGACUUGCCUCAUGUGUCAUGUGGCCAUGGAGGAAGGAGAGGAGCCACUGAGCCAGGGGCGGUAUGGAUCGGAGUUGGAGGAACGCUGCUGCCGGUGCCGGCGCCGGCGGCCAGGGGUAGAGCAAGAGCAACAGCGACGGCCCGAGAUCGUGGUGUACCUCUCGGCAACAAGGCAAACACUAGAGAGCUGCUAAAUGCCUUGAUUGGAGAUUUGGAGCAAUGA